AUGGUGGUCAUCAGACAUCACGCGCCAACGCAACAAGAACCAAGGGCGAGCAUGGUGACGCGGGCCGCCGCGCAAGGUGGUGGGGGCGGCACACUCUCCAGCAACCCCGAAGGUCAUGGCGCCUCUGCUCAGGAGAUGGUCGUUUUCUCACCGACCUCAGAAGGGGUCGCAGAACUGGCCGGUGACUGUGCCUCUCGCCAGGGGCAUUGCUCCGUCACCCUUCCCUACCGUCAAUCUCCUCCCGAGACUCAACGGUUCACCGCCACAUGGCAGGGUGCACUUCCGAAGAACUUCUACAUCAUCACGGCGUGCAUUCUGGGGUGCGCACUAACCAUCCUCAUCGGCAUCCUCGUGCCGAUGCUCGUCAUACGAAGAAGCGCCAACCUACGCAAUGCUGUGCUCCGGGCGAAGGAGCACGACGCCGUCAGUGCGUGGGCUUCCGUGUUGCGCGACGUCAUGAUCGAAGGCUUCGCCGCUGCGCGCGCCUUGGCGGGCUAUUCGAUAAGCACGUUCCCCCCUCUGCAAACGCCCACCAAUACGUCCGAACCGAUGCCAGGCGACCAGAUCACGGCGUACCUGGGAAGGUUUCCCCGUUUUGCAUCCCUGAUCGCCUCGAAGAAGUCUGCCGUGGCGUUACAGGCCAUCUGCCCCAGCGGAGUCAUCGCCAUGACCUACCCGCACGAUCCGGGCACCGUGGGCCGAAACCUCAUGAGCCCAAGCGACCCGACCAAUCGGUACAAGCCCUCCACCAUUGAGACAGCUCAGUCGGGUCGCUACGCCAUCGUUGGCCCGCGACGCACCACCAUCACCUCCCUCAAGCGGAUCUGGGUCAUCUUUACGCGCGCGCCUCUCUACAGGAAUACCUCUCAAGGCGUGAUUCCCUCGCUGGAGACUUUCUGGGGCUUCGUCUUACUCAUCGUCAACGUGACGGGCGCGCUCGACGCUAUGGAUCUCGGCCGGCUGGCCAAGGCCAAUAACCUGAACUUCGUUCUCUACGACACUUCAACAGAGUCAGGUAACACGCACGUGAUCGCCUCCUCGCUGCCAUCGGCCACAACGCAGCUGGACUACGCCGAAUUCAUCGCCGAAAGUACCGUCACGGACAUCCUAGCACCCCACUCGUCGCUGCACAUUGCGGUGCGCUCACGCGAGACGUACGUCUCCCUCACUCCCACCAACAUCAUCAUCAUCGUAGCGUGGACACUGUUCGGCUCCCUGCUUCUGCUGGGCAUCGCCAUCGCAGCCGUUUUGUGGUGCACAGCCACCUACGACGCCGCAGCGCACGCGCCCAAGAUGGCACCCUUCGCCAUGCUCACCAUCGGCCCCUGCCGCGGUGAGGAGCUCUGGGAUCUUGCCGUGGAUCAGAUGGCCGAGGUGACGGAAAAGCUCGAUCAGGUACUGGGGCGCCAAAUGGAGCGGCACUGCGCCUACCAGAUCCAGCAGGUGCACCCGCUCACCACGUCGUACGUCACGCGCAGCGUCGCCGCCGCUGUGCAGAUGGCCUUCAGCACCAUCGAGGAGCUGCAGCGCCACCCCAUCGACGGCCCGCUGCGCGCCGUGCUCGGCGAUGAAGGCCGCCUGCUGCUGUCCUACGCCGUGCACUGGUGCACCGACGCUGCCGUGCGCGUGGAAUCGCUGGAGGGCACGUACCGCUACGAGGGCUGCGACGUUGUCUUCGGUGGCCGCAUGUGGGCCCUUGCCGCGCCAAAUGUCGUCACGGCGUCCGAGGCGGUGGUGCAGACACUGCCGCGCUUCUACCUCUCCGGCGUUGUCACGCGAGCGUACCAGACGGUCAACGUGAUGCGCACCACACGAGCCAGCCACACCGACGUCGACGAGGAAGGCGUCAGGGCUGCAUCCAACACAAUCGGUGGUGGUGGCAGCACGACGCUGUACUUACUGGUGCACGCAGCGAAGCCAAAUUUGGUGGUGGGUGCGGAGGCGACUGCAGCCGCCGCGGCAGCUGGGGCGAUGGUGCCUCAACUCAGGGUUGGUAACGCUCCAGCGUCCAGCCUCUACUGCGGGCUGAUAACACGGGGGAACUCGUCAAGCUUGGGUGCGGGGGAGGCUGUGUCCAGUCUGCAGGAUGUGUCCGCGCGAUCGCCGGAAAUCGAGUCCGCUGCGCCCAGCGUCGGGAACUCUGUGGCCUCGACGAAGAGGGGCUCGAGAGUGGUUAACGUGUUACAGUGCCGUGGGUGUGCAGCAGUGGAAAGGACUGCAAAUACUCGCCAUCCUUUGAGCCGCGAGGAUGUGGACACGGAGCAGCAGGUCUUGGUGCAGCAGAUGCUUGCGAAACACAACGCAGCCCCGACUCCAGAGCAACAUCGUCUAGUGCUGAUUGAAGCAGACAGCGUCACACGUGCGCUGCUGCAGCCGCUGAUCCCACGUGCGCUCGAUGUUGCCCUGCGCGUCGCCUUCGACUACCAGUCCAUCACCCUUGAUGUACGCUAUGCCGAGGUUCGGGUGCUGGUCUACUACUUCUACUCCAGCUACAAGAUCCUGUUCCGCCCGCUGGCCGCGCCGGAGCGCCACAACAUCUUCCGCCGCCUGGUGACAGCCUUCGGCGUGCCGCAGCAGGGCAUCCUCGAGCACCUGGCCGCGCGCGGUGCGGUGCAGUGGCUGUCGCAGGUACGCAAGAUCAACGGGUUCAUGCAUCGACAAGGCGCCCUUGAUUGCAGUGGGCAAGCAGAAAGCUCGUCAGCGACCUCGUCCCCGUGCAACAGUCUCCCGGGGGCGCAACUGCUGAGUAUCUAG